AUGUCGACCAGCGCAGCCAGUGCGCCGACGCCGAGCCGUCGAAACUCCGCAAAGGCCUCCGACGGCCUUAAAGGAAACCCCGCUCCCAACACGAACGGUCCCGACCAAGUGAUGCCCCAGGGUCACCAGAGACUGGUUUUCACUGACCCCGUCGCCCUACGAUACCUUGAAGAAGAUUCCUCUACCGAUGUCCUCCAUCGCCGCGAGACCCUACAAGGCUACGAAAUUUAUGUUGUCGAAAAAUGGGCCUGCUCUCGCGUGCAUCCGACCUUUGUUAUCGCGACCUAUACCGGUGACCCGUCGCAUACGGUUGUGGCUGGGGUACUCAGUGUGCCAACAAAUGAAGCCACAUGGUCACCUCGACUGCGUAUGUAUUUCGAUGCCGUCAAGAAAAAUAACACUCGACAAAAGGAGACUCCACUUGGAAUUAUCAUGGUCACAGACUUGGGCAAUUUCCCGUCAGCCUUGACUGUCAUUCCAAUCCCAGGAGGCGAUCUGAAAAAACACCGAGAGGAUUUUAUUGUGAACGAGAACUUGAAACGGCUGGGUUGCGCUGGGCGGGCAGGCCUCAAACUCCAGUAUCCAUUACCCGCCACCGAAGCAAAGUUUCAUCAGCUCUACCGAACCAAUGAGCGGGUCCGUCUUUAUAAUGCGGUAAUGGAGCUAGUGAAGCAGUGUCAAAUCGCCUUGAUGGUUUUUGGCAAGCUAGCACCGGAAUAUGUGGAUGGUCUCUUGUGCGAUGUGACCGAAGCAGCCAUCAGUGAUUGGUGGGCGGAUAUUGGGUCAGAAUUGUAUAAUAUUGAACCAAGCGAUGGUGUCCUGGGACCAACUACGGUGUCUGCUCUCCUUGGAACACUUCUUGGUGCUCGGAAUCGACUGCACACAUAUGGAGCUCCUGUAGGGAAGGAUGCUUUUGACAUCGAUAACCUCAAACGGGGUAUUAGCGGAUUCCAGAAAUCCCAGAAGUUGCCCCGAACAAGGAGGCUAGACCGAAGGACCUUGGAUCGACUACAUCGUGCUACCACCAAGGCUGCCAAUGCGGAAGGAUGGACCGAUGCUGUCAAGUCAACCAUGGUAGAGCUCAGUGGCCAAGGUGGUGAGAUGGUUAUGGGAAUGGUUCGCGGACGCGAGAAAGGCGGAAUCGCUGAUGUUGAAACCCUGGAUAUCGAUACCUUUAUCCAGUGCUGUUAUGGAUCAAGAGCGAAGUGGCUUUGGCUGGGGAAACUGGGAAAGAGUGGUCACGAUCACCCAUUCACACGUUCCCCGACAUCGGACAUGAUGUUCACCACAGAUGAUCAGGGCGGCUAUAUUUGGACAAGCCGGAAGAAGCACUCUGGAGAAGACUUGCAUGCCGAGCGGGUAACCUCUGCUCUCGAUCGACAAUGGAACUCUUCAGAUCCUAUAGUUGGCGAAGAAAAAGAUCACCGGAAGAAAGGUGUAAGUGGAAGGGUGUCGGAUGCUCGGGCUGGCCUGGGUCGUUUCAAGGACGCCGUGGGCCUGCCUGGACUGCGAUCACAUCACCACAAGCAGUCUCGAGACGGCCCAGAACUGAUGCAUGAUAUUGCUUAUCGUCCGUCCAUCGACAGUGAUACCGAGCCUUCAAUCACCAAAACAAUGACUGGGCUUACAUCGGACUCAAAGAUUGACGAGGAGUCAGAAGCUCGUCUAGAAGAUGACCAAAGCCAACCUUUGGCUCGGUCGGAAUCGAUGUCUGAUGUCAAACCCCCAGAAAUUCAUAUUGAAUCUGCACCGAAAGAUACAGAAACCGAAUCACAGGUGCAGCAACAAGACCAUCUUCCGAUUCCAAUGGGCCUCCCCGGGGUGGAAGAAGAAUCCGAUCUAGAACGCACUGCAACGCGGUCUACUGUCGCCUCCAGUGAUCCUGGAGACCAAGAUGAUGCAAGGCCAAACCUAGCCUUGAUGUCUCUUCGGCGUGCUCAGAGCUGUGAAGAGCUUCGGAGUAGCGAAAUCGGGCCCCAACGCUGCGACGAGAAAUGCCCGCGACAUCUUUCUUUUAGUAACGUUGAAGAAGUGAUCCACGCCUCCAAGCCGCUAGUUGAGCCGCCCAGAGUUGAUAAUUCGGCAACUUUAGACGAAGCAAUUGCCCAAGAAGAUAUCUUGGCAUCUGAUGCUCGUAUUUUCAGCUCCCGGAUAUUGGAGUUGGCUGAGUUCACUGCCCCUUGGGUUGAACGUCAAGUUGACGCCGUGGACAGCCUCAACAAAACACUCUAUGACCAACACGAAGAACUCAACUCAGUCUACAUAGAUCGUUUUGGUGAUUAUCAACGCCUACGAGAAAGAUCCAGUGACCUUUUGACCGACGAGACCGCCUAUUUGAAUGAUAGUGUCAAGCGCGUCGAGCUGCUCGGCGCUAAACUGGACUAUGAGCUCCAUGUUCUAGAAUCCAAAGUCGACGACAUGGAGGAGGGAUUGACCGACUUUGAGCGGCAUAUUGUCAACGUGGAAACCCGCGUCAAAGCCCUACUCCAAGGCGAGGAAGAACACAGUAUCUCCUGGAUGACGUGGGUACGACGGUCCUUUGGGUUUUCAGGUUCCUUUGACGUUUCCAACCCAUUAUAG